AAUCACUCCUUGCACCUUCCUCAAUAUGGCUACUCAACAAUCACAGAGCAUACAGACUCUUCUCGAGGCAGAGAAGGAGGCCGCAAAGGUCGUCCAGCAAGCUCGCCAAUAUCGAGUACAACGGCUAAAAGAGGCUCGUACGCAGGCUAGCAAAGAGAUUAACGAGUAUAGACAAUCUAAGGAACAGGAGUUCAAGGCAUUUGAGGCCUCGCAUGCGGGGAGCAUUCAAACUGUCCAAGCUGCUAUCGACAAGGAGACCGAAGUGAAACGUGCUGAGAUCACGAAGCAAUAUCAACAGAACAAGGAUAAGGUCGUCAAGAAACUUCUUGACAGGGUUGUCCUCGUCGAGCCUGAACUUCAUCGUAACCUCAAGAAGGUCGGGGCGUAGCUGGUUGACUGUAGCUCAAUAACUCCGCUAGACUAGGUACUCUAUCACUCUCUCGGACGUUCUUACUGCAGUACGCCAUGUAUAUCAGAUACAAUAAUCAAGAGAACUCAUACCCAUGG